AACAAACACCUGACGUACGAUCACAAAUCUAGCCAGCCAAGUUAUUCCAUGUGUAUGAUACCAAAGGUUGGCAGUACCUUCUGGAGACACGUUUAUACUGCAUAUAGGAAAACCGCUGACAAGUCAAAAACCAAGGGAGGGUAUGACAUUUCCAUUGAAUAUGAUCGCGGCUCGCUCAGACUAUCUAACACAAUGUUGGCAUUUGUUAGAGAACCGUACCAGAGACUGUUUUCGGGAUAUGUUGACAAACUGUUCUUUUUCAGACCUUCGUUCUGGAAUACCUUGGGAAGGUCUGUCGUUCGAUUUAACGCUUCCCAUACUAAAAGAUCACGUGGCGGUCACGAAAUAACAUUUGCCGAGUUGGUGGAUUACGUGAUUUACUGCCAUGAAAACAAAAAGAACAUUGACAGCCAUUUUAAACCAAUGAGUGAACACUGUGGGUUUUGUGAGAUUGAUUAUACGUACAUUGGGAAGAUGGAGACGUUUCGAGAUGACGUGGUCUAUAUGAGUGACGUCAUGGGUUUGCUCAACUUUACGACUGUCGGGGAGAAUAUAUUAAAGAAUUGCUUCCAUGGUAAGUCGGAAACGAUUUACAAAAUGGGUCGUAAUGUGAUAAAUAGCACUCGGAGGGCCAUGGAAAGAUCCGGUGUGUCACUUAUUGAAGGACUCCGGAGAGCCUGGAAAACAUGGCAGAUUCGGGGAAUGAUAUCGAUACAAUUUCCAUUUCCUUUACAAGCAAAUGAUACCAAAAUAACAUUCGAACGUUUCAAUGAAUUAGCACAAAGAGCAUACAAAGCGUCCAAGCCCAGUAUUCUACACGAGGCGAGAGACAGAGCACUGAGACGAGCAUAUGGCUCCCUGACCUAUGAUGCUAAGGUCAGAUUGAUGAAGAUGUUUGAACCUGAGUUCAAGAUGUUUGAUUAUAAUCCUAUGCCGGACUUCGUGUUUGGGGAACAUCGGAAUGAAGACAGUAUUGAUCUUUUUUCAUAACAAAUACGAACAAUAGUAAUGAUCAUUCAAGGUUAUGGAUUGUUUGUGCGAUCUUUUAAUUAGCAUGAGUAUUUUCUCCAAUUAUCCUUGGGGUAGUGGAAAUAGAGGAAAUAUGGAGGUAUCUGUUCAAGGCGU